UCUCUCUCUCUCUCUAUCUUCCUUUGUCUAAGUCAGAUUCCUAUUCCAUUUUCGAAGUUCAAGUCUUUCUCUGUUCACUCUUUCUAUUUCUUGAUCCUUAAAGCAUCAAAUACUUUAGAGGGUGUGUAAUGUAUAUACUUAACUAGUGAAACUUUUCAACAAGACCCAAAGCAGCGUAUUUGUUGAAUCUUGAAAAAAAUGUGGUCUUUAGCUCCUAAGACCCAGGACCCAUUUACCAUUGUAGGGUAAUUUCAAGCUCCAUUUCGUUUCACUGAUACUUCCAAGCAUUUUGGGCAUCGAUCUCCUUCCUUUGAGGGUAUGUACUUACCUAGUGUUUUUGGUUUUACGGUUUGUUUAGGUGAAGAUUUGUGUUUUGGAGCUCACUAUAGAUCACUGACUUAUGAAAUUGCAUUUUGGGGUUUGGUUUAGCUAUUUAUGACUUUGUUUGAGGUUGCAAGAGAAAGUUGCUUUGCUCUGCUUAAAGGGGUAGUUAUACAUGAACUUCGGUCCCCAUAAACUGUUUGCAACAUAGGAGACAGGUUUUAAAUUUUGGCAAUCCAGGAUUUGUUGCUUGGCCAUCUGUGUCGAGUCAAGGGUCUAUUUUGGGUUCCAAGCAGUUGUUAAGAUAUUGAAGAGAGUGUAUGAAAGAGAACAUCUUUAUCGGCUUUGAAACUUUAUAUUUAUGCUGAUUAGUUGGUAGGAUAUUGAGAUUUUAAGUGGAUUUGAAUGCCCUUUUUGUUGUAGUUGUAAUAUUGAUUAGAAAUUUUAAGGAGGUGGAUCUCGAGUUUAGUGAUAUUCCGGUGGAUUAGUUUGGAUGGCAUCUAUAAGGAGAACACUGUCUCCUGUGCCUAGAGCAGGAACCUUAUUAAAUGGGGAAGCCUGUCAGGUGGCUUCUCCUUUGUCCAAGUCCUCAUCGUCGUAUUCUCAGAGCUACCCAACUUCUGGUGGAUUUCUAUCUUCAAUUUUUGGUUUAUCAGACGUUCAAGCUUCUGCUUAUGGUUUUUUUUCACCAAGAUCUUCGAGACCAUUGGAGAGGUCAAAAUCCAAGGGGCAAGUUUGGAAGAGGGCCCUUUUCCAUUUCUUGGUUUCUUUUGUGAUUGGGGUUUUUAUUGGACUAACCCCAUUUGUCUCGAUGAAUUUAUCAACGAAUCCUAUGUCAAAGCACCAAGCGUUUUCAUUUGAGGUGGUAUCUUCUGUUGGGAAUUUUGAUAAGCAUGAAGAUAUGACAAGAAAUGCAACAACAAUAGCAGGAAGGGGAGGACUUGAGAACACUACCACAAUGGAGCCACAAAUGAAGGAAGAGGAGUCAGGGGAUGGGAAUUCUAAUGGUACCUCCAUUAGCCUAUCGCUCUCUGAAGAUGUGAAUUUGGUGUCUCGGAAACUCUUGAUCAUUGUGACCCCAACUCAUGCUCGACCGCUUCAAGCCUAUUAUCUGAGUCGUUUGGCGCACACAUUAAAACUGGUUCAACCUCCUCUAUUAUGGAUAGUUGUGGAAAUGACAUUGCAAUCUGAUCAUACGGCUGACAUCCUGAGGAGGACUGGGGUUAUGUAUAGGCAUCUUGUUUGCAACAAAAAUUUAACUGAUAUAAAAGACAGAAGUGUUCACCAAAGGAAUGUGGCAUUGUCUCACAUUGAAACCCACCACCUUGAUGGAAUAGUCCAUUUUGCAGAUGAUUAUAACACUUACUCUGCAGAUCUUUUUGAGCAAAUGAGGCAGAUCAGGCGGUUUGGGACGUGGACAGUUGCCAAGUUAACAGGAAACAAAAACAAAGAUUUUGUAGAGGGCCCCAUUUGUAAUGGAAGUCAAGUUAUUGGAUGGCAUGUGAAUGACUCAAGGAGGAGAUUUCGGAGAUUCCAUGCUGACAUGUCAGGGUUUGCCUUCAACAGUACCAUCAUUUGGGAUCCAAAACGAUGGCACCGCCCUACGCCCGAACCUAUUAGGCAGCUUGACACAGUAAGGGAUGGCUUCCAGGUUAGCUCAUUUAUUGAGCAAGUUGUGGAAGAUGAAAGCCAAAUGGAGGGCAUAUUGGAGGACUGCUCAAGAGUCAAGGUCUGGCUUCUGCAGCUUCAAUCAUCUAAUUCCUUGUAUCCUCCUAAGUGGUUCCUUGAUGGUAAUAUGGAUGUCAUCACCCAGGCUGCAUGAAAUUCUUGCUUUGAAACGAGUCCAUUUGGACAGUUAAGGCACGGUAGGAGGGAUGCAUCCAGAAUCACAGAUCUUCCUGCUCAUGGGUGAAACCAGUUAUUUGGACAGACGGAUGCUUGGAAUGGCCUUGGAUACCACUGCCUGAUAUUUUACCCAGUACAUCAGAGUAUAGGCAGCAGCACUGUUUAAACAUUGCUUUUGUACAGUCGUAUCAUUUGUCCAUUUUCAGUGUUGCUGCUCUUUCCAAGCAAACUGGCUAAAUUUUUUAUUACUUGGGAAAAGGGUGGUUAAAAUUGUAAACCACCCUCAAGUUCAAGCUUGGCACCAACAUUUUUUAUAUUGUUUUAACGUCAAAGGUAUCCUGUGUGUAAAACUCAAAGCAAUUUUGGAAAAUCUACUUGGUACUUGUCUGUGUCU